AUGCCAGUGGGGAAAAAGAGGACUCGCGAGCAAAAACCUAAGACCAAAACUUUUACAGGGUGGGAACGUCGAUUUCCUCCGGAUAAACGAUCUGAAGCUGACCCCUUGGGGUGCAGUCGCUGCCAAAAGGCCGGUUUGCCAUGCGAAGGCUACGAUGUGAAAUUGUACUGGAUCACCGAUGAAGAUACCGUAGCACCCUCGGCCAUCAAACGGCACGCAGUAUCUUUGGAAGGAUCCAGGGCAUGGUCCUUCCCACUCGGCGACAUUGAUCAACAACUUGCAGAUAUCGAUGCUUGCGGCGAAGGUCGUUCGGGAGAAUUACCCAUCUCAACCGGGCCGUUUGGUGUGUUCUAUGCUCGAGAGCCAGUCUUGAGAGCCCAUGACGCUGCAACACUGGACAAUGACGAGUCGACUCCUUCCACAGAGACAAUCGUCCAAGAAUACCACCCUUCGGAGAGUGACAACUAUUCUAAGGACGAUGUAUUAGAUCCAGAUACGCCGACAACAAUCAGUUCUCCAGCCAAAUCAAAUUGGCUGCUCCAACAGAUUUCGUCAACAAGGGAAGCUUCUCCAUGCGUGUAUGAGCUUCACUCGGGUAUAUUCCAUGAUCCCAUCAUCGAUCAACUUAUGGAGAACUACGUCCGCAACGUCGCCAAUGUCCUUCCACCACUCCCACACCCGGAGAAUCCGUAUUCGUCGAUAUAUGUUCCGAGAGCCAUGGCAGGCGCUUCCAAUCUCAUAUUGGGCCUCAACUGCGCCGCCUCUGAAAUGCCGUCGAGCAAUGUGGCCAUUUUUUAUGCUCUUCUGGCCACCUCCGCAUUCCAUUUGCGCGGGUCCGGUAUGAAGAGGGUUUCCGGCUUUGACGUCGUUGCCCGACGGUUUCGAGCAAAAGCAUUCGCCUCUUUACAAAAAGCAUUACAAGAACCGUACGAGAUGGAUGAGCGUCAAGCCUUGUACAGUCCAUCGACGCCGUCCACCUCGCAUUGUGAAGCCGUUAUCUCUGCGAUGCUCACGUUGAUCACCAUGGAUGUCAUGGAAGGGUCGAUGAGUGAGUAUUGGAUUCAUCUUGACGGGGUCGAUCGGGUCGCAAGACAAUUACGAACUGAAGCACAGGAAUCACCCAUCAUAGAGCGCCUGAUCACAAUCUCGUCCUUUCUCUCGACAGUGGCGAAUACGACCUCGAUGGAUCUGCCUUCAAUACCAUGGCCGGACAACAAUGUCGCUACUCCGGGCCUGCGUUAUCCAAAAUCCGGCGUCGGACAUGGCCUGGAAUUUACUUAUGGCAUCACUCCGACUCUCGCAAAUCUCAUGCAACGGAUCGUGGCUCUUUCCCAACACAUCUCUUACUAUGUUUCCAACUCCACGGCGUUUCCUCCGUCGUUGGUCUCAGCUUGUCUCCAUCUUUCAGACAACCUUUCACGCUGGUCGAUCGAUGCCGAACCACUCUCACACCUCUUUUCCGAUACCGACACCGAUGUCACCGCUUUAUUGGCCAAAAACCACAUUUUGGCUUUCGCUCACGGUCUGAGAGUGUACUAUCACACACGCAUUCUGUCGUGCACGCCCUCCGACAUGGCACUUUACCUCGAUCGUGUCGCCAAUUAUCUCAUCGACAUUGAAGAAAUCAAAACGAGGGCGGGUUAUGAUUCUAACAUUGCCGCGACCAUCACAUGGCCUGGUUUCAUUGCUUCCUGUGAAGCGAAACGCGGUCCUCAACGAGAUGUGUGGUAUCGGUGGUGGAACGGAAUGUUGAAAUAUCGCAUUGGCAAUAUUGCCCAGCUGUGGAAUGUUGUCCAGGAGGCUUGGGCCUUGAGAGAUGAGGAGGGUGUGACUGAAGUCCCUGCUUGGAUGCCUGUGCUCCGACGCAGUGGCAAGCGAAUUCUUGCUGUUUGA